GCGCACUCGCGCACGCGCGUAACUUCAUUGGUGGACUUAGUCUUCAAAACGUAGUUGCCGCUGUGGAUUCUUUGUCGCCAUAGUUGAUGUGAACUGGAUCCGAUCAUGUUGGAGAUGAAUUCUCUCGAAGGCAGCUCUGCGGCAGGGUUCAAGUCACCAAGCGGAAGCCACGGGGAUUGCGGCACCGUCUCUCAUGGCUUGACAAAUGGUGUGAAUGGAGUGGUGAACAGCAGCAGCAGCAGCGGUCACCACAAGUCAUCUGACAAACAUAACCACAGCAGUAGCAGCAGCAGUAAACACCACAAAAGCAGUAAAGAGCACAGGGAUGACCACCACAAGCAUAAAGAUAGACACAAGGACAAGCACAAGGAUAAGGACAGAGAAAGGGAAAAGGACAAGGAAAAAGAAAGGGAAAAGUCAUCUUCUGGGGCCAGCGUCGGUGCUUCAUCUUCCUCUACAAAACAUAAGGAGGGUCAUCAUGUGUCUUCUUCCAAAGGACAUUCCACUGGAAAGGAGCACAAGACUUCCUCUUCCUCUUCAUCCAAACCCAAAGAUGCUCUGUCUUCAUCAUCGUCAGUUCAUAAGAGCACAGAGGUCAAGAAGGACUCCUCUACUAGCAAGGAAAGUAAAACAUCAGAGUCCAAGCACAAGGACAGCAGUAGCAGUAGCAAAGACAAAGAAAGGCACAAGGACAAGCACAAAGAGCACAAGGAUAAGGACAAGCACAAGGACAAAGAACGUGAGAAGCACAAGAGUUCAUCGGAGAAGCAUAGGGAUAGCACUUCUCCUGUAAAGAUCAAGCAGGAAGCGGGAACUUCUAAAAAAUCUGGGGCUGAAGGCAUGCCCCCACCUCCAGCAAAGGUGAAGACUGAAGUGUCAUCGCCACCCCACCCUCCGGCUCCACGGAUGACCCUUGAGACCGAGACUGUAGACAUCAGUGAGAUCAAGGGCGAGGUGCUUAGCGAUGAUGAUGUGCCACUGUCUGCACGUAAGCCACAGCAAAGGCUGUCUGAUACCUCAUCUGUCAAAAACAAGCGUGCUUUGGAGUCAGAUUCUGAAGAAGAUGAACCCCUUGCUAUCAGGUCACAGAAAGCUUCCAAGAAGAGCAAGUCUGAAGAAAAAGUCAAGAAGAAGCGGAAAGCUGACGACAGUGAUUAUGAAGAUGAUAUUAAGCCUGCCAAGAAAGCAGCAGCUUCUAAGCCUAAAAAGGUCAAAGUGGAAGUUAAAGCUGAGCCCAAAAUGGAGGAGGGCAGUCCUAAGAAGAAAGGCAAAACAAAGAAGGAAGAGGAAGUAGAAGUAUGGAAAUGGUGGGAAGAGGAGAAGCACAAUGACGGGAAGAAAUGGCACACACUAGAGCACAGAGGGCCAGUGUUUGCCCCAGCAUAUGAGCCUUUGCCAGAUAAUGUCCGCUUUUACUACGAUGGUGUUCCGGUCAAGCUGAGCCCCGAGGCUGAGGAGGUAGCUGGGUUUUACGGUAGGAUGCUUGAUCAUGACUACACAUCCAAGGAUGUGUUCAACAAGAAUUUCUUCCAUGACUGGCGGAAGUGCAUGACUUCUAAGGAAGCAGAGCUCAUCACAGACCUCAAGAAGUGCAAUUUCAAAGAAAUUGAUGCUUACUAUAAGCAGAAGUCUGAAGAACGCAAGGCCAUGACCAAGGAGGAGAAACAGGUAAUCAAAGUGCAGAAUGAAAAAUUGGUGGAAGAGUAUGGAUUCUGCAUCAUUGAUGGUCACAAACAGAAGAUUGGUAACUUCAAGAUUGAACCUCCUGGUUUGUUUCGUGGUCGUGGAGAGCAUCCAAAAAUGGGCAUGCUAAAGCGUCGCAUCAUGCCCGAAGAUGUUAUUAUUAACAUUGGAAAGGAAGCUAAAGUACCGGACCCACCACCAGGGCACAAGUGGAAGGAAGUUCGUCAUGAUGACAAUGUGUCAUGGCUGUCUUCGUGGACUGAAAAUAUUCUUGGGCAAACAAAGUACAUUAUGCUGAACCCUAGCUCCAAGCUGAAAGGGGAAAAGGACAUGCAAAAGUACGAAAUGGCCCGCAAGCUGAAAUCUUGUGUGGACAAGAUUAGGCAGAACUACAUGAGUGACUGGAAAUCCAAGGAGAUGCGCAUCCGGCAGCGUUCUGUUGCACUCUACUUCAUUGAUAAGCUUGCAUUGAGGGCUGGCAACGAAAAAGAAGAAGGAGAGACUGCAGACACAGUAGGCUGUUGCUCUCUGCGUGUUGAGCACAUCACACUGCACGAUCAGAAAGAUGGCAAGGAGUUUGUGGUGGAGUUUGAUUUCCUCGGAAAAGACUCUAUUCGUUAUGUGAAUGCAGUUCCAGUGGAAAAGCGAGUUUUCAAGAAUCUAAAGCUCUUCAUGGAGAAUAAAAAGCCUCAAGAUGACCUUUUUGAUCGGCUGAAUACAAGCAUUCUGAACAAGCAUCUCAAUGAGCUUAUGGAAGGCCUGACUGCCAAAGUCUUCCGUACCUACAAUGCUUCCAAGACACUUCAGGAACAGUUGGAGCUUCUAACCGAAGCUGACAUGUCCUUGCCUGAAAAGAUGCUGGCCUACAAUCGGGCAAACAGGGCUGUAGCCAUUCUCUGUAACCAUCAACGAGCUGUUCCCAAGACAUUUGGGAAACAAAUGGAAAACCUACAAAAGAAGAUGGAGGAAAAAGAAGAACAGAUACAACAAUGCAAAGUGGACAUCAAGCAGCUCAAAUCUGACUACCAUAACUCUCGGUCAGAGAAAGACAAACAGCUAUUGGAUCGGAAGAAAAAACGCUUGCAGCAGCUGGAAGACCAAAUGAAGAAGCUGGAGGUACAAGCCAUGGAUAAAGAAGAAAACAAGCAGAUUGCUCUGGGCACCUCCAAGCUCAACUAUCUUGACCCGAGGAUUAGUGUUGCCUGGUGAGGAAAACUGCAUGCUAAU